AUGCGGGAUGAACGUUACGAAGUGGUGCGUGACAAUUCUGGGAGUACCGCUUGUACCAUCAUGUGGGGAUACCGCGGUGGCGUCGUGCCGUGCCUGGCUCGACCAGUCGGGUCAAGUGAGCAUCACGCAACGAAGGUACAGAAGCAGCAAAAGCUCUACGACUUAAAACAAGAGAGAGAACAGAUAGGUGAGCCGCGACGCAGACGCCGAAGCUACGUCUGUAACCAAUGA